AUGACAAGCCUCGCGACAUACACGGAUGCUAUUGUCACAUUGCGGCCGAGUCAGCUCCAAAAGCUCGAGAGUCUCGGCUUGUACUACAAUUCGCCAGAGCCAGCAAUAAUUUGUAUCGAAUGCGGCUUCGCCAUUAACCCUACGCGCGCGCCGCGUCACCCGGGCGACAGGCACCAUAUACCCAAGUCUGCCCGCCGUGGUUUGAAGCCUCUAAUCUAUUCUCUCAAUCUUCCAAACCCAGAGACACUUCCACUGCGACCAAACGGCUCGCCGCCUCACCCAAACCUUACGGUAUACAAGGGUUCGGCCUGUAAACAUUGUGGUCUUCGCUCUAUCAGCGAAAAGGUCUUCCUAGCCCAUGUGAAGUCAAAGCACAGCAAAGACAUCAAGCUCGCAGCUCGGCAGCAGAAGCGACACUGGCUACAUGAUCACAUCCAGCAAGGCUUGUUAUUUCAGAGCUGGUCAGCGAACGACAUCCGAAGGUCAUGGGUUAUCACCGAUAACAACCCUGGCCGUGGCUCUCUAUCUUGUAGUACUCUCCUGCAAGCUAGUCCCGACGCCGUUAAGCACCUUGUCGAAAAGCUCUUUGCUGAUGAGCGUGCAACAUUGAAGGAAAUACAAGGAGGCCUUACGAGACUAUAUGACAGUGCAGCACCGGCAUGUAUCGCCUUACAGACGAAUUGGAUGCGGCGUACUGGCUGGGAAACGAUGUUCAAAGAUACACGUCGUGAUAUCCUUGUUGCGCUUACGGAGUUACCUAAUUGCAGGACCGACCAGCCUAUGCCCCUGGGUAUCCAGGGAGAAGAAGUAAUCUAUAGCCUGGCGCGAGAUGAACGAAGGUUGGCAUCGAUGAUGGUAGCGCUUGAUCGCCUCCUCGACCAAUGCGGCGAGACCGUCCGGAGAACUGAUGUGUGCCUGAGAAGGUGGCUUCGUUCCAGGUUCCCAGACCGCCCCUACAAAGCGCCCUUUGAGCUGGUGGCAAAGUCGUCUUCAGAGAAGCUCUACCGGAAGGAAUUGAAGCGUUUUAUCUGCUUCUGGCUUCGAUUGUCCAGAUUGUUGCCGAUGACUAUGCGGGCAAUUUCAGGCCGAGCGAUGAACAAACAUCAGUUUAGAGCUCUUCGUGAGCUCUGGGUGGAUGGCAUCUGGCAGUCUGAGGGGCCUGCUGAUAUGGACCGUACCGAUAACCAGGAUGGAGGGCAGAGUAUGAACGGUGAUGAGAGUGGCGAUGAUGAGGGUGAAGAAGAGGAGAAUGAUGAUGAUGAUGAAGAGGAUGAAGGCGAGGACGAAAGUGAAUGUGAGGAGAGUGAUGAACAGGACAAAUCAGUGGCUAUAGAAGCAGGUGAUCUCUCUGACGCCGAGUCGACUUCCGCUUGGCCUUUGGACAGCCAGGAGCAACUCUCCCAAGACCCCGCGGCCGACAUCUUACUGCGCUUUUGUUACUUUGCUAUCACCGAGGACUUUGAAGGUGGGCUCGCGAGCUCGACGAUGCUGGUGUACUUCAGUGCUGUACGCGGGCUGUCAACCCCUGACGGCAACGAAUACCUCCAGCCUUACCGGUUCACCCCCAUCCUAGCGAGACUUAUAUACUGUUUUCGGUUGGUCUUUCUCGAAGCAUUGCUGCCGCGUUUUUCACGUAGCUACGGUGGUAUUGCGCGUCCGCCGCGUCACGGGCUGCUGCAAAGGCUCAAUGCGGCCCGCCGCGAGUACAUGUGUGAUGGCACGUUAGCGCCUAUGGGCGAGCUCCUGAGUCUUCUGUCUUAUGGCAAUGCUCUUCGGCGGCCUCAAGGGUCGACUUUCCGAUUUCAUUGGAGCGAUGACGGCGAAGUACUGUCCUGGCAUGGCAACCAACAACUUUCGAUGGUAGACUUCCGUGGCCUGGCUUGUGAAGUGCUGCGCUCAGUCGCGGCAUCCUGCUCACGUUUGAUGUAUGAUUGGGAGCCUGCAUAUGUCGAUCUGUCGCAGAUUCUGGAUAAUUUAUCAACAACAACGCCAGGCUAUUCCUUCGUUUCUGACACCGCCAAUAAGCUGUCAGAUGCUCACCUUGAAUUACUCCUCAGGGCAUGUGUCUCCCCGAUUGACGGUCUGCUCCAAGAACAGGGCAAAGACCAGAGUACCUGGGAUGUCAAAGCUGCUCAGUCCUACUUGGAUGCCCAUGAUAAUUUCCUUAAAGGGCUUAUGGUGCUCUCUAAUUUCGAUGGGGGCCAAUGUGCGCGAAUUUCGGAGCUUUUGACAAUAGAAUGCUUCAAUACGCCUUCAAGGGAGCGAGGGGUUUGCGUAUGGGGUGGGAAAAUGUGCUCAAUUAUCAGGCACCAUAAGGCUCGGGUAGCGACUAACAACGAGUUCUACGUCGCACGCUUCUUCUCCCCACCUGUGUCUCGGCUCAUUUUUCAGUACCUCGUCUAUAUACGACCGGUCGCAUUAACAAUACUGCGCAGAUGUUUUCACCGUGAACAUACUGAUGCACUUCUCUUCUCGCCGCUCUCGCGAGUAGGCCCAAAAUCAACACCCUGGACCGCCUCAACGUUUACCAAGGAGCUCCGGCGGCACUGCAACGCCGCUACAGGUAUCCCAUCUGGCAUUGGGGUCCAAAUGUAUCGUCAAAUUUCAAUUGCCAUUACGGAACGGCAUGUUAAUGCCGCUGCUGCUCGUUUUAAUAGAUUUAACGAUACCACUAGGACGGCAGGGCAUGGUGUGGCUUACGCGUGGCAGAGCGGACACAGACCCAUGCAGCGGCAUACAACCUACGGCCGUGACGGCGCCUUUCCGACUCAUCUUCAACCUGCGCUACUUCGAACCUACGAACAGGCUUCGAUAAGCUGGCAUUCCUUCUUAUGGGAAGAAGGUGACAGAUUUAGUUAUGUCUCAGCCGAGGCCGAGCAUGCCGAGUUGAACAACGUGAGCGCUAGUGACAGCCUAACACCAUCUCACAAGCGGCCAUUUAUAUCAGACUCGGCUGAGUCACCCUUUAUCAGCAAGAGACAGCGAUUAAGACUCGAUUUGUUAUCUACGAGUGAUACUAUGGCAGCCGAAGUCAUAAAUCAGCCUAGCAGCGAAGAAUCAUUGCCUGUUCGAAUCGACGAAGACGCUACUUCGUUUACCUGUGACUCUAUUCCGUGUCCAUCGCCCGAGAGGUAA